UCUACAAAGGGGAGGAAAAAAAAUCCUUCUCUCUCUUCUGCUGCCUCUCUUCGUGCAUCCUACGGGCAGCGAGGAGCGAGGAGGAUCCGGCUGGCAUAUUUUCUACGCUGCCUUCCUGCAAUUUCUGAGGCUGUAUAACAGUGGGUGGAGCGCAGGGAGAGCCGCCGAGAGCUCGAUCGGUGACAUCGCUCCGCAGCAGAAGAAGAGUGCCGUAGAGGAGCCGGGAUGCUUAACAACCUGACCGACACAGAGGAGGGGGACGGGGGAGCGCAAAGCCAGGGUGACAGUAAUCCCAAGGAGAGCAGCCCCUUCAUCAACAGCAGUGAUGUUGCCGCAGAGAAGAGCCAGCAGUAUGAUGGCAAGAACAUGGCCUUGUUUGAGGAGGAGAUGGACACCAGCCCCAUGGUGUCAUCUCUUCUCAGCAGCCUGGCCAACUACUCCAACCUGCCCCAAGGUAGCAAGGAGCACGAGGAGGCAGAGAACAACGAGGCAGAGUCAUCGCGCAAGAAACCCGUCAAGGCCCCCCAGCUCGGCACUCUGAUGGGCGUCUAUCUGCCGUGUAUCCAGAACAUCUUCGGCGUGAUCCUCUUCCUCAGGAUGACCUGGUUGGUGGGAAUCGGAGGUGUCAUUGGGACUUUCGUCAUCGUCUUCAUUUGUUGUUCCACAACCAUGCUGACUGCCAUCUCGAUGAGUGCCAUCGCUACCAAUGGAGUAGUGCCAGCUGGAGGCUCCUACUACAUGAUAUCCCGUUCGCUGGGCCCUGAGUUUGGGGGAGCAGUGGGGAUAUGUUUCUACCUGGGUACCACCUAUGCUGGAGCCAUGUACAUCCUGGGAGCGAUUGAGCUCCUCUUGAUCUACAUAGCACCAAAAGCAGCCAUCUUUCCCCUGGAAGGCUUGGAGGGUGCCGAGGCAGAGGCUGCCCUUCUGAACAACAUGCGCGUGUACGGGACCAUCCUGUUGACCUCCAUGGCCACGGUGGUGUUUGUCGGAGUGAAGUACGUCAACAAGCUGGCCCUGGUGUUUCUGGCCUGCGUCAUUCUCUCCAUCCUGGCUGUCUACGCCGGAGUCAUCAAGACCGCCGUCGAGCCUCCCAUAUUCCCUGUGUGUCUCUUGGGCAAUCGCACUUUAGUGUGGAAGUCAUUUGAUGUGUGUGCCAAGACCGUUGAGACAGCUAAUGGGACAGUCACCACCCAGCUGUGGAGCAUGUUCUGUGACUCACCUCUCCUCAAUGCUACCUGCGACAAGUACUUCACAGCCAACAAUGUGUCUCAGAUCCAGGGCAUCCCGGGGGUCACCAGUGGAAUUCUGGCAGAGAACCUGUUCGGAACCUACUAUGAGAAGGGGGACCUGAUUGCCAGACAGAACAUGGACUCAGCGGAAGACCAGGACGACCCUCUGACGAACUCAAACCGCUACGUGUUGGCCGACAUCACCAGCUUUUUUACAUUGCUGGUCGGCAUCUACUUCCCCUCUGUGACAGGGAUCAUGGCUGGCUCCAACCGCUCCGGAGACCUGCGUGAUGCCCAGAAAUCAAUCCCCAUUGGAACCAUUGCAGCCAUCACCACCACCUCCACUGUCUACAUGUCCAGUGUGGUUCUGUUUGGUGCCUGCAUCGAGGGUGUGGUCCUCAGGGACAAGUUCGGGGAGGGAGUCCACGGGAACUUGGUGAUUGGCACAUUAGCUUGGCCAUCACCAUGGGUGAUUGUGAUUGGCUCCUUCUUCUCCACCUGCGGGGCAGGGCUGCAGAGUUUGACCGGAGCUCCUCGUCUCCUGCAAGCCAUCGCCAAGGACAACAUCGUGCCCGCCCUUCGGAUCUUUGGCCAUGGAAAGGCCAACGGAGAACCCACAUGGUCCCUCCUGCUGACAGCUUGUAUCUGUGAGAGCGGCAUCCUCAUUGCUUCCCUCGAUGCAGUGGCUCCCAUCCUCUCCAUGUUUUUCCUUAUGUGCUACAUGUUCGUGAACUUGGCCUGUGCUCUGCAGACGCUGCUGAGAACUCCAAACUGGAGACCCCGUUUCAAGUUCUACCACUGGACUCUGUCCUUCCUGGGGAUGAGCUUGUGUCUCACUCUCAUGUUCAUCUGCUCUUGGUACUACGCCAUCGUCGCCAUGGUGAUUGCCGGCUCUAUCUACAAGUAUAUCGAGUUCGCAGGUGCGGAGAAAGAGUGGGGUGAUGGGAUACGAGGUCUGUCUCUGAGCGCUGCACGUUACGCUCUCAUGCGGCUGGAGGAAGGUCCCCCGCACACCAAGAACUGGAGGCCCCAGUUGCUUGUGCUGGUUAGUACAGAUACAGAGCAAAACGUCGAGCAGCCUCGUCUGCUGUCUCUGACUAACCAGCUGAAGGCAGGCAAAGGUCUGACCAUUGUUGGAACAGCUCUAGUGGGAAGCUACCUGGAGAACUACGACCAGACCCAGCGUGCAGAGCAGGCAUUGCGUAAACUGAUGGAGACUGAGAAGGUGAAGGGCUUCUGUCAAGUGACCGUGUCCUCAAACCUGCGUGAUGCCACCUCCCACCUCCUCCAGGCCAGUGGGCUAGGAGGCCUGAAACAUAAUGCUCUGCUUGUAUCCUGGCCACGUAACUGGAAGCAGGGAGAUGAGCACCAGACCUGGAGGAACUUUGUUGAGUUGGUCAGAGAAACAACCGCUGCUCACUUGGCUAUGCUUGUCCCGAAGAACAUCGCGGCCUUCCCGUCCAAUGGAGAGCGCUUCACCGAGGGUCACAUUGACGUGUGGUGGAUCGUCCAUGAUGGAGGCAUGCUGAUGCUGCUUCCCUUCCUCCUCCGCCAGCACAAGGUUUGGAGGAAGUGCAAGAUGCGCAUCUUCACUGUGGCCCAGAUGGACGAUAACAGCAUCCAGAUGAAAAAGGACCUGACCACAUUCCUCUAUCACCUCCGUAUUGACGCCAUGGUGGAAGUUGUGGAAAUGCAUGACAGCGACAUCUCAGCCUACACUUAUGAGAAGACCCUGGUGAUGGAACAACGAUCGCAGAUGCUUAAACAGAUCAAAAUGACUAAGAACGAGCGUGAACGAGAGAUCCAGAGUAUUACUGAUUCAUCCCGCGGGUCUAUCCGCCGUAAGAACCCGGCCGCUGUGACCACCCAGCUGAGUGUGACCGAGGACCCGCCGGCAGCCAGCAAGGAGGAGAAGCCUGAGGAAGAGGUCCAGCUCAUCCACGACAACACCACCCCAACCAGCCCCGUAACACCGGCCACCCCGUUGACCCCUGCGGAGGGGGCUAAGAGCCCCGGAGAGCAGGUCCAGAUGACCUGGACUGAGAAGUGUGAUGGCGAGCCAGCCAAGCCGCCUGGCGCAGCUACCCCAGAGGGCAUCAAAGACAUCUUCAACAUGAAGCCCGAGUGGGAGAACCUGAACCAGUCCAAUGUGCGACGUAUGCACACAGCGCUCCGGCUGAAUGAAGUCAUCAUCAAAAAGUCCUCAGAGGCCAAGCUAGUCCUCCUCAACAUGCCCGGGCCACCCAGGAACCGGACAGGUGAUGAGAACUACAUGGAGUUCCUUGAGGUCCUCACUGAGGGUCUCAACCGGGUCCUCCUGGUCCGCGGAGGCGGCCGCGAGGUUAUCACUAUCUACUCCUGAAAGAGCAGUCCCCUCCCCAACUACCACCCACCCCCACCGCCACCCCUCCCUCGGCCCUGUUCCUGUGUCACCUGUACUCCCACCCUCUCAUCAACGCUGCUUCAUCAUCAUGUCGCUCUUGCGUUUAUUUCUGUAAGAUAGUCCUCUCACA